CUCAUGAUGAAUGAAGAGUCUUAAGAAUGGAACAUAAAUUGCUUGAAGCUUCUCCGAUCAGCUUUUGUCGCCGGAGUUUCGCCGGAGCUCUGACGGAGACGUGCGCUUGCCAGGAUUUCGUAAUCUGAACACACAUAGGAUCGAUAAAAAAUACUAUAUUCAACUCUACCUCACUAGUCACAAGGAGUACUCCUAAUUCUACAUAAUUGUACUUGGGUAUAAUUAGGAACUAAAAGAUGGUGCAGUUCUCUUCUAUUUUCACUGGCUUUACGAAAUCUAUAGCAAUCAGAAAUGGGAAGAAAAGUAAACAUGAUGACGGAAGGGAAACUGCAGAUUCACUGGCUAAAGAAGCUAAAAAGAAUGAGAUGAUGUUAACGUCAUCUGGCUCUGUAGCUGGCAAUUUGGCUGUUGUUUUCUCCAAAGGAGGGAAGAAAGGUAUCAAUCAGGAUAGAUUUGUUGUGUGGGAGGAUUUUGGAUGCCAAGAUGACAUGAUCUUCUGUGGGGUGUUUGAUGGGCAUGGUCCUUGGGGUCAUCUUGUUGCUAAAAGAGUCAGAAAACUGAUGCCACCAGCUUUGCUUCGUAAUUGGCAGAAACGAGUUUCACACACCGUGGAUGGUACUGAUGGGAUAUCGAUAGAUAGAAGUUGUUUCCAGUUUGACAUUUGGAAGCACUCCUACUUUGAGACUUGCUCCAUCAUCGAUCAAGAGCUCGAACAGUAUGCUGACUCUUUCUACAGUGGUACCACAGCUUUAACGCUCGUUAGACAGGGUGAUCUACUGGUAGUAGCAAACGUUGGAGAUUCUCGAGCUGUAUUAGCAACAACAGAUGAUGAUGGUAGAUUAGUAUCAGUUCAGCUCACCGUUGACCUCAAACCUAACUUACCUCGGGAAAGCGAGCGAAUAAUGCAGUCAAGAGGGAGAGUGUUGUCAUGUGAAGAUGAACCAGGGGUGUAUAGAAUGUGGAUGCCUACAGUCGAAGGGCCUGGAUUAGCAAUAUCAAGAGCCUUUGGUGAUUACUACAUAAAGGACUUUGGCCUUAUUUCAGAACCAGAAUUGACAUCCAGAAACAUAACACAUAGAGAUCAGUUUGCCAUCUUGGCAACAGAUGGGGUUUGGGAUGUGAUGUCAAAUGAAGAAGCAGUGGAGAUAGUAUUUUCAACUGAAGAAAGGGAAGAUGCAGCUAAGAGGCUGGUGGAAAGUGCUAUUUGUGCGUGGAAACGCAAACGAAGGGGCGUUCCCAUGGAUGAUAUCUCAGCAAUAUGCCUCUUCUUUCAUAACAUUCCUCCUUCAAAACAACAAGCUAAGAAUGUCUAAAAUUCAACAACAAGCUUACAUGAACUACUAGCUGACUUUCAAUUGCUGCUUUUUCCUCUUCUUAAUAUUUUUUUCAGUACUUGAUGGUUUGUACAUAAGUUCAUACAUACAUAUAUAGGCUCUUCAUGUUUGCUAUUAUAUUUCAAUCAGGCAUUGAAA